UAUAUAGAUCGUGUGCUGUGCCGUCCCUCCCACAGAGCGCAGUACAAAAACAUCAGCCAUCGGCCGGAGAGCACGCGAGAAAUCAGUUCGUCCGACGACAUGGCGGCCGGAGCAGCUGGAGGAGGGAGUGACGAGCUCAAGCUGCUGGGGGUCUGGGUGAGCCCGUUCGUGCACCGGGUGCAGGUCGCGCUGCACCUCAAGGGGCUCACCGGCUACGAGUACGCCGAGGAGGACCUCACCAACAAGAGCGACCUCCUCCUCGCCUCCAACCCCGUCCACACCAAGGUCCCCGUGCUCCUCCACGCCGGCAAGCCCGUCUGCGAGUCCAUGCUCAUCGUGCAGUACCUCGACGAGGCCUUCCCCGGCUCCGGCCCCGCCCUCCUCCCCGCCGACCCCCACGACCGCGCCGUCGCUCGCUUCUGGGCCGCCUACGCCGACGACCAGUUCUUUGCCUCGUGGAUCAAGGCGUUCGUGGGGACGACGGACGAGGAGAGGGCGGCGGCGACGGAAGCCGCGGUGGCAGCGCUGCAGAAGAUGGAGGGCGCGUUCGGCGAGUGCUCCAAGGGCAAGGCCUUCUUCGGCGGCGACGGCCCGGGGUACGUGGACAUCGCGCUCGGCGGGUUCGUCGCGUGGAUACGCGCGUUCCACGCGGUGGCCAGCGUGAACCUCCUGGACGCCGCCCGGACCCCGUUGCUGGCGGCCUGGGCGGAGCGCUUUGCCGCUCUCGACGCCGCCAAGGAGGUCAUCCCGGACGUCGACCGCAUCGCCGAGUUCGCCAAGCACGAUCUGCUGCCGCUGCUCCAGAAACUGCAUCCGAAAAACUGACCAGUGAUACACAGUAGUGGUCGAGCGAGCCAGCCAUUUAAGGCGGAUUAUACUGCUAGCAGCACGCCUCGAAUUGGUGGCGGUGCUGCUGCUCGAAAGAAGGAUGCACAGUGGUUCAGAAAAAAAUGCGGUACUCAGCACUUCUGCAUGUAUCUUCUUCAUGUGUGACAUUACAAAGAUAAUAAAAGUGCCUUUUUCAAAUA